UCGAAGUGCCCUUCGUGUACGCACUCGUCCACUUCGCUCCGCGAGUGAAUGAAACUUUUCAGCAUGGACCACGCGCUGUAUGUCGUGCAGACGCCGCCCGAAGAGAACGACGACAUCCUGAUUAAUCCGGAUUUCACGUAUAAGCUGUCCGAAGCCGAACUGGUGAAGUUUGUGAGGUUACGUGCUGCUAACGAUGCGCUCUUCACUGGAAAGAGAAACACAUCAGUCAUUGCUUGGAGGGCCAUCCUGAAAGAGAUGGGAAUCCAGAGGAAGAUGUCCACCAGUCAGGCACGAAAGAAGUGGGAAAAUCUCAAGAAGAAAUACAAGGAAAUGAAGAACCCACCGCCCGGGGUUACGGUGAAUCCCACUAACUGGCAGUGGUUCUCCCUCAUGGAUGACGCCAUGGAGGGCCGACUGAAGGACAGCGAAGCCAUGGUGUCCACUUUGUCGCUCGGUGACGACAGUGACUUCCGCCCCGACAGGCCCAGGAAGAGAGGCCGCGAGUCGUACCAGAGCGAGAUCGAGUUCCUCGUGGAGGGAGAUGAGUCGAGGCUGUCGGGGGACCGGGUGGACGCGGGCAGCGACCGGGACGAGAUGGAGCAAGAAAGGGCCCUGCUGGAGAGCGACCGGGCCGCCCUGGAGAGCGAACGCAUGGUGCUGGAGCGAGAGAAGAUGGUGCUGGACAGGGAGCGGGCCGGGUUGGAGAGGGAACUGGCCUCUCUGGACCGGGACAGGGCGUCUCUGGAGAGGGAGAAGGCCGCCGUGGAGCGGGACCGAGCAUCGGUGGAGCACGAGCGCGCCCAGCUGGAGAAAGAGCGGGCCGAGAUGGAGAAGGAGAGAGCGAAGCUGGAAAGGAACCGAGCCGCCCUGGAGAGACAGCGGGGGGGCGCUGGGGGGGAGCAGGAGGGCGACCGGGACGACUCCGGCCAAGAGAGCGAAAAAUCGGCGGAAGCAGAAAUGGAGACGGCGUCUCUAGAGAGGAGACAGAAGUUCCUGGAUUUGUUCGAGAAGCUGAUCGAGAACUUUUAGAAGGUGAUCGCGUCCAAAAGAACUGAACUCUUAUCAUGUGUAGAUAAUGUCCUUACAGUGUGCAAAAGUUUGGGCGCCCUAGUCAAAUUACAUGUUUUGUUGAUUGGAGAAUAAUAACUUGACACAUCCUCUACAGAGACACACUUCUGCAC